UAAAACAAAGCACACAUCUCUGGAUGCCUAGAUAAGUAAAAUGAUACCCGGUUGACAAGGUUUAUGUAGCCAAGUGCAAGCUGUCUGCCAUUCAACUUGCUCAGUUGCUGCAAUAUUAGCGGAGGACUUUUCAGCUUUCAGUUGAGAUCAUGGAGCACAUAUCAGCUAUUCGGUGCGAUUUCAUGACAGGUCCAGUGACCGCUUUGCACAUUAUUACAGACAACUUUGUUUUGGCAGGAAUAGGAAGCUAUCUUCACACCUUCGAUAUUUCUCUACAGAGAAGUAUAUCCUGUGACUUGGUGUUGCCAUGUCGUUGUAUUCAUGGAAUCAGAGCAUUCAAAGGUAAGACAGAGUUGCCUACCCUGGCUGUGUUUGGUGAAAAGAGCAUUACCAUGAUAGACCUUCAUCUACCAGCAAAGAAAACACAGAGCAGUGCAGUUGAUGAUGAAACUGCUAACAAUGCUUUCAGUGUGACAUCAAAAGCAGGCCUGACAGAAUUUGAAGACUGGAUUUGGGAUGCAUUGUCUUUAGACAAAGAGAACAGUGAUAAUUUGGCCUUGGCAUUAGGACAUAACACUGUAAUCCGGUGGGACUGGAAACAGAGACUGAUAGUGGAGAAGGUCACCUGUGUAGAAAACUGUAUAUUAUAUUGUGCUAAGUUCAUCAAUUCAAAUUGGGAGCACCUUAUUUUGGCUGCUGGAACUGUUUUCAAUGAAAUACUGUUGUGGGCCCCAAAAGGUCAGAAGUCAGAGUCUGGACAUGUGACAGUCUUAAAAAGUUUAAAAGGACACAAGGGUGUUAUUUUCUCUGUGGAGUAUAUCCACCAGAAACAGAUGAUGUGCUCUGCUUCAGAUGAUCGCAGCAUUCGACUCUGGCAAUUCAAAUUUGAGAACUCUUCUGCUCCUGGUGAGGUUGAGACUCCCCUGGAAUUAUGGGAAAACAGCAGUUGUUCUUGUGUAGGGGUGUUGUAUGGUCACUCAGCCAGAGUGUGGGAUGUCAGACUACUGUCCUCAACUCUGGUCAGUGUUGGAGAGGACUCAACUUGCUGUGUUUGGAAUUACAAAGGAGAUAUUCUUCAGAAGUUUAAAGGUCAUAAGGGUAAAAGUAUAUGGAGUUUAACUGUGGAUGACAAGGAAAGAUUUGUGGUGACUGGAGGAGGUGAUGCAAGUAUUCGUCUCUGGUUUUUGUCAUCAAGGUCAGAGAGGUCAAAUUACAGAACUCACUCUCUCCAGCUUCCACAUAUGCUAUCUGGAGGAAAGGAAGAUGACUACCCCCGCUCAGUUGGUCUGCUAAAUCACAACGAGAUUAUCGUCAUUACUAAUGAAGGGUAUUUGUACUUGUAUCAUGUUGAGGAGGAAAGAUGGCAGACACUACAAGAUGAUUCAGAAUUCAGGUCUUACACAGUGAUGUCUGUAGCUCCUACCAAACAUAAAUGUGUUGCACUGGGAAAUAUCCAUGGAACACUCAGGAUUUUUACAUGUAGGGAUGCUUCACGUAAGUCAGAUUGGAGCUACAAGGACUGGAAGAUAUGUGAUGGUAAAAUAAUGAGUGUCCAUUGGUUGUCUGGUACCCAGCUCCUCACCACAGGUCUAGAUGGAGAAAUCAAACUAUGGAACUUUGAAGUUGUGUCCAUGAUUCUGGAGUGUUGUGGUCAGUACACUCUUCCUAUGUGUAAACAGAGGUGGGUGUCAGCUGCUACAGUAGGUCACGGAUCACUGAUCUGCGGGGAUAGAGGGGGUACCAUCCAUUUGUUUCAGCUGGGUAGUGAAUGGAAGAGUCCAUCCCAAAGUUUCCCAAAAAUUCAUGGUAAAACCGGAGUGUCAAGCAUUUGUUUCUAUGGAGAUAAUGUUUACACAACAGGAAGAGAUGGUUGCUAUAGAGUUUUCAGCCAUGAUGUUGGUCACUUGACCUUAUUAAACAGCUACCGUGUGUACAAGGGCUUUGAGUGGAUUGACAGACUUCAGAUAGAGGAAGAAGGAGCUGAAUUUUUUGUCUUUGGAUUUCAGUCUAGUGACUUUGUGUUAUGGAGUGUAAACAGCAAUCAGAAGCUCAUACAGAUUCCUUGUGGUGGAGGUCAUAGGUCAUGGGACUGCAAAACCAAGGGAGACAACUUCAGAUUUGUUUACCAGAAAACAAGGGAAGUGGUUGUAUGUGACACCAAACUCCAACAGAAUCAAGUGAAGCUCAAGAGUGCUCUUCAUGGAAGGGAGGUAACUUGUGUUAGAUUCUUUGAUGUGAGAGAGGAUGGAUGUAUUAUUGUGACUGGAAGUGAAGAUACAAGUGUUCAGAUAUCAACUUUAAAAUAUAACAAUUAUUCAGUGAAAGAAAUAUCUUGCAUAGAAUACCUGAAUGAACAUAUAUCUAGUGUACGGGCCCUCAGUUUAUGCCCCUCCUCCAAACAGUCACAUGACCAGAAAUCCAUGUUAAUGUUUUCUGCUGGUGGUAGAGCUCAGUUGUUGGUAUGGAGAUUGACAGUAGAAAACUCCACCUCCUUAGUAACUGAGAAUCUGUGCAGCUUUAUGAUUGGUCAGAUAAAAAGAAAAGGAAGAACCAGGAUGUGGAAAUUACAGCAGAUAAAUCUGAAUCCAGAAACUAGGUUUAUGGACCUGAGUAGUGUUCAACUCACCAGAGUGUGGUCAGAAUUUCCAGAUCAUUUGCAUAUCUUAGCUUCUGCCUGCUCAGAUGCUUUUGUUAGGUUUUACAUUUUUAAUGAAGAAAAGAGAGAACUUUUUCUUCUCUUAGAAUCUGUCUUUCAUGAACAUUGUGUAUUAAAAGUGUGUCCUCUAACAAGAAAGAGCAAAACAGACUCUGAACUCUACAUACUGUCUGCUGCAACUGAUGGUCAGAUAGCAUUCUGGAAAAUAAAUAAAGGAAAUAUCUCACUCAUUGUUAAAAAACAAUUGGAACCAAGUCCAGAAAAAGUAAAUAUGGAAAAGACUUUCUCUUCCAUAGAGAAUGAUACAGGAAACCAGAUAAGUGAUAAUCUCAGGGAGCAAUGUGAUACUGCAAAGUCUGUGAUGUCUACCUCUAAAACAUGUAAUAGUGAGGAUGAACAAAGAGUAAGCAGUGACUUACAGUACUCUCAGUACAGUGAUUAUAGUUCUGGAAACUCUUAUGAUGCUGGUCACAUACAGGAAGAUUCUAAAGGGUCUUUGGAGACAGAUUCAGUAGAGAAAGAAGACAUGGAAAAAAUGAGGCCUGUUUUUGUCCUGCGUCACCAUCAGUCAGGUGUGAAUGGAAUGGACUGGCUCCAUUAUAAAGAUGACGACUUCCUGAUAGCUACUGGUGGUGAUGACAAUGCUCUUUUUAUUUCAUUGGUUCAAUUUGAUGAUGAUUUCAUCAGAGCCAAGGCCAAAGGGUUUUGUUUGUGUGCUCAUGCAACUGAAAUAACAGGUGUAAAGUUUCUGUCACCCAGUAAGCUGUUGUCAGUGUCCAUUGAUCAGAGGCUUAUACUAUGGGAUAUCAGGAUUACAAAUGAUGAUAUACAGGUACAGCAACUUAGUUGUAAGUUUGUGUGUGUGGCUGAUAUAUCAAACAUAGAUGUCUGGAAAGUUGACAAGAAUAGAUUUACUGUUGUGGUAUCUGGCCAGGGAUUAGCGACAUUUGAUGUACAGUGUGCAUAGUAUGAGUAUGUACCUGUAGUGGGACAGUAAAUACUGUAACAUUUUCUUUUAAAGGAUGACUGAAAUGUUUUGUUAUAUAAAUAGUUCAUUAUAUCCAGUUAACUAUAAUUAUCAUUUUCUUGUGCUUAGAAAGAAGAAAAAGAGUUCAUAGUAAGCAUGAAUUCAGACUUUAUUAUUUUACACUGUAUGUGAGUUUUUUUA